GCUGUCGCCGCCGCCGGCCACACCGCGGUGCCUGUUGCUGCAAGCCGCCGCGGGACCCGCCGUGUCUUCAGCCCGCAGGAGAAGCAGCGCCAGACUGGGGAACGGUCCCCACUCCAGCGGCGGGGGGCGGCAAGAGCGCAGUCAGCUGAAGACUAUGGACGCUCGGCCGGCCCAGGCCAUCUUCAGGGUGCCCGGGAGCACCUGCGCGCCCCAGCCCAGCCCCGAGCUCUGAGCGCGCCACCUCCCUGGAUUCUGCCUUCAGAAGCAUGGGAAAUAGAUCACUCCGUUUAAACUAGGAAAAUAGGAGCACGAUUUCCUGGCUCUCCGGACCUUUCCCAGGAUGGACGCAAUCACAUUCACAGCAAGGAAGCAUCCGUUCCCUAAUGAGGUCUCGGUGGACUUCGGCUUGCAGCUGGUGGGCUCCUUACCCGUGCAUUCUCUCACCACGAUGCCCAUGCUUCCGUGGGUGGUGGCCGAGGUACGAAGACUCAGCGGCCAGUGCUCCAAAAAGGAGCCUGGGAUCAAGCAAGUCCGGCUGUGGGUUUCGCCCUCUGGACUGAGAUGUGAACCUGACCUGAAGAAAAGUCAACCGUGGGACCCGCUUAUCUGUUCCAGCAUCUUCGAGUGCAAGCCUCAGCAUGUUCACAAGCUGAUUCACAACAGUCAAGACCCGAGUUACUUUGCCUGUCUCAUUAAGGAGGAUGCUGCCCCCAGGCAGAGCCUCUGCUACGUCUUUAAAGCAGACGAUCAAACUAAAGUGCCUGAGAUCAUCAGUUCCAUCCGGCAGGCGGGGAAGAUCGCCCGCCAGGAGGAGCUGCGCUGCCCCUCUGAAUUCGACGACACCUUCGCCAAAAAGUUCGAAGUGCUCUUCUGCGGCCGGGUCACUGUGGCGCACAAGAAGGCGCCGCCCGCGCUGAUCGACGAGUGCAUCGAGAAGUUCAACCACGUGAGCUGCAGCCACAGAGCCGACUGGGACGCGCCCCCGGGGCAGCUGCCAGCGCCCGGACCCCGGCCCAUGCGCAAGUCCUUCUCGCAGCCCGGGCUGCGCUCGCUGGCCUUCAGGAAGGAGUUCCAGGACGCCAGCCUCCGCAGCAGCACCUUCAGUUCCUUCGACAGCGACAUCGAAAACCACCUCAUCGGGGGACACAAUGUGGUUCAGCCCACAGACAUGGAGGAGAACCGAACUAUGCUCUUCACGAUUGGCCAAUCUGAAGUUUACCUCAUCAGUCCUGACACCAAAAAGAUUGCACUGGAGAAAAAUUUUAAGGAGAUAUCCUUUUGCUCUCAGGGCAUUAGGCACGUGGACCACUUUGGGUUUAUCUGCCGGGAAUGCUCAGGUGGCGGCGGCGGAGGCUUUCAUUUCGUCUGUUACGUGUUCCAGUGCACAAAUGAAGCCCUGGUUGACGAGAUCAUGAUGACUCUGAAGCAGGCGUUCACCGUGGCUGCCGUGCAGCAGACCGCGAAGGCGCCGGCCCAGCUGUGCGAGGGCUGUCCUCUGCAGGGCCUGCACAAGCUCUGCGAGAGGAUAGAGGGAAUGAAUUCAUCUAAAACCAAAUUAGAACUCCAGAAGCACCUGACCACACUGAGCAACCAGGAGCAGGCAACCAUUUUCGAGGAAGUUCAGAAAUUGAGGCCAAGAAACGAGCAGCGAGAGAAUGAAUUAAUUAUUUCUUUUCUGAGAUGUUUAUAUGAAGAGAAGCAGAAAGAACACAAGCACGUGGGGGAGCCGAAGCAGACACCACAGGUGGCGCAGAGAAUCUUGGGAGUGAACUGCCACCCAGUGCCACCCGGUUCAGGCUAGAUAUGCUGAAGAACAGAGCCAAGAGGUCCUUAACUGAGUCGUUGGAGAGCAUCCUGUCCCGGGGUAAUAAAGCCAGAGGCCUGCAGGACCAUUCCGCCAGCGUGGAUCUGGACAGCUCCACUUCUAGUACUCUAAGUAACACCAGCAAAGAGCUGUUCAUGGGUGACAAGGAGGCCUUGCCUGUCUCUGAGAGCUCCUUCAAGCUCCUUGGCUCCUCAGAUGACCUGUCCAGUGACUCAGAGGGCCACAUUGCGGAAGAGUCGGCUCUACUGUCACCCCAGCAGUCGUUCAGAAGGAGAGCCAACACCCUGAGCCAUUUCCCCGUGGAGAGCCAGGCACCCCCAGAACCUGCUCAGAGCUCUCCAGGAGUCUCUCAAAGAAAACUCAUGAGGUAUCACUCCGUGAGCACAGAGACGCCUCAUGAACACAAUGUGGACCAUCUUCCUGGGGGCGAGUCUAAGUGCUGCUCAGGGCAGCCUUCAGCUCCUCCGCCUCGUCUUAACCCCUCCGCCUCCUCUCCAAACUUUUUUAAGUACCUAAAACACAGUUCCAGUGGAGAACAAAGUGGCAAUGCUGUGCCAAAAAGUGUCUCCUACCGUAAUGCCCUGCGGAAAAAACUCCAUUCUUCCUCCUCUGUGCCAAAUUUUCUAAAAUUUCUGGCUCCUGUAGAUGAAAAUCACACCUGUGACUUUAUGAACACGAACAGGGACUUUGAAUCCAAGACAAACCACCUGGGAGAUACAGAUGGGACCCCUGUGAAGACCCGGCGGCAUUCCUGGAGACAGCAGAUAUUCCUUCGAGUGGCCACUCCACAGAAGGCCUGUGAUUCCCCAAGCAGAUAUGAAGAUUAUUCAGAGCUGGGAGAGCUCCCUCCACGGUCCCCUUUAGAACCAGUGUGUGAAGAUGGACCAUUUGGCCCUGUAGCAGAAGAAAAGAAGAGGACAUCCCGCGAGCUUCGAGAGCUGUGGAGAAAAGCUAUUCUGCAGCAGAUACUGCUGCUCAGGAUGGAGAAGGAAAAUCAGAAGCUGCAAGCCUCUGAGAAUGAUUUACUGAACAAACGCCUGAAGCUUGAUUACGAAGAAAUCACUCCUUGUCUCAAAGAAGUCACUGCAGUGUGGGAAAAGAUGCUCAGCACUCCAGGAAGAUCGAAAAUUAAGUUUGACAUGGAAAAAAUGCACUCAGCUGUUGGGCAAGGUGUGCCACGUCAUCACCGGGGUGAGGUCUGGAAAUUUCUAGCUGAGCAGUUUCUCCUCAAGCAUCCAUUUCCCAGUAAACAGCAGCCAAAGGAUGUGCCCUACAAAGAACUCUUGAAGAAACUGACCUCCCAGCAGCAUGCAAUUCUCAUCGACCUUGGGCGAACCUUUCCAACGCACCCAUACUUCUCUGCCCAGCUCGGAGCGGGUCAGCUGUCACUUUACAACAUCCUGAAGGCUUACUCCCUUCUGGACCAGGAAGUCGGGUACUGCCAAGGUCUCAGCUUUGUGGCAGGCAUUUUGCUUCUUCACAUGAGUGAGGAAGAGGCGUUCAAGAUGCUCAAGUUCCUGAUGUUUGACAUGGGGCUGCGGAAACAGUAUCGGCCAGACAUGAUUAUUUUACAGAUCCAGAUGUACCAGCUGUCACGGCUCCUCCACGAUUACCACAGAGAUCUCUACAACCACCUGGAAGAGCAGGAGAUCGGCCCUAGCCUCUACGCGGCUCCCUGGUUUCUCACCGUGUUCGCCUCACAGUUCCCACUCGGCUUUGUAGCCAGGGUCUUCGAUAUGAUCUUUCUUCAGGGAUCAGAGGUCAUAUUUAAAGUGGCUUUAAGUCUUUUGGGAAGCCAUAAGCCCUUGAUUCUGCAGCACGAGAAUCUGGAAACCAUAGUGGACUUCAUAAAGAACACACUCCCUAACCUGGGCUUAGUGCAGAUGGAGAAGACCAUCAAUCAGGUGUUUGAGAUGGACAUCGCCAAGCAGCUGCAGGCCUAUGAGGUUGAGUACCACGUGCUCCAAGAAGAACUUAUUGAUUCCUCUCCUCUCAGUGACAACCAAAGAAUGGACAAAUUGGAGAAAACCAACAGCAGCUUGCGCAAACAGAACCUUGACCUCCUGGAACAAUUGCAGGUGGCAAAUGCUAGGAUCCAAAGCCUUGAAGGCACGGUGGAGAAGCUUCUAACCAGCGAGAGCAAGCUGAAGCAGGCUGCGCUGACCCUGGAGCUGGAGCGCUCCGCCCUGCUGCAGAUGGUGGAGGACCUGCAGAGGCAGAGUGCUCAGCCCAGCACUCAGGAGCCGGACUGUACCCAGCUCCAACCUACAGGUGACUGACGGCUCCCAGGAGAGACUGCACACCGCUAACACUGUCCAGGCCUUAACCGAGAGAGGCAGAGAAGAGAGAGAGGACUCCUCAGGAAGGAAACUGGCUCGCAAGCCCGCAGAUGCUUUCGAGCUCAGCCUUGGAGUUGGGAGGGCAGAAGUCCCAGAGUUCGUGUUGUUUUCGGUUCAGAUUCCUCCCCUUUCCAGUCCUGGUUGUUGUAGCUUUAGACGGCAUGGACGUGAAUAAACGUACCUUUGUGUUUGCUCCUCCUCCAGAGGCACGUUGUCUGAAGAGAGCAUUCAUGGCACCCGUGUCUCAGAAGCAGGAAGGGCUUGAAAUAAUUCCUCAGGCUAAAGCGUGAUCCCUGUCAGUCUGCAGGGAAGGUGCCUGUGACCAUGCCCUCGGGGACACCGUGAGCUACUGUGGGUCUUUGUCCAAUUUUACAGAAACCUGAGGUGACCGUGGGGAAAGAAUGGAAGGGGGUUAUUUAAAUUGACUCCACAGGCACUCCCACUGGUACUGAAGAAGCCUGCCUUCUACACAGUUUUCCUAUGUUUUUGCUCAUCCUUUCAAGUCAUGGUAGAUACAUGUUUCAUAAGGAGAUCACAGGUUUUAGAUUCCCUGUUCUUGCUAGUGUGUGACCCGCAGCUAUGGGUCUGAGAUAUUUAUUUGUGACUGUUUCAUAUCCACACUAUGGGGUCACUUAUUUAUUUUUGUCUGUUGAGUGAUGUACCACAGCCAUGUCUUCCUUGGAGCCUUGACCCCUUGGGAAGCUGAUUCCUCAUGGAAGGAGCAGAGCACUUCAAGAGGUCAAGGGGCUCCUGAGAUUCUGAAACUUUGCCAAAGGAGCGCGGCUGAAAUUGCAAUCAGAUGUACGGCAGCUGACAGUUUUUCUGAGGUAGGGUGUGUGUGUGUGUGUGUGUUUUGAAAAGCACUCAAAACACAGUGACUCCUCCCUUGGGAUGGCGAGGACCCUGUGCCUUCAGGCAGAGUGCUGCUCACAGUCACCCUGCUUUCAGCUGGUCCUGUGGAGAGCGUCACCCAUGUGUGCUGCACGCUUUUUUUAAAAAAAAAGAAAAAACAAACAAAAGGCUUAGAGAAGAGCCAGUGGCCCGGCAGACUUGCUGAGUAUUGGAAUUAUUGGCCCUGCCCCGUGCUCUGCUGGUUGGCCCUCCAGUUCCACAGAAGUCUUUACAGCUCUCCUGUAGGAAAGAAGCCUUUUAAGCCUGGGAGGGAAGGGGGACCACCAUCCUUGGGGUCAUUGGGAUGUCCUGGCUGUUUCAUAGGGACACCAACUGACAACUGGUACUUAAGACUCCCUCCCGCUCGUGGGUCAGAGGAGAGUUGUCCUCUCCACAAAGCAACAUGAACCUUCUUCCCGUUGCCUCUCUUCAGGUGGUUCCACCAAGGGGUAGUUAGAGGAGGUAACAGUGGAGGGCUUCUUCCCACAUUGUAUUUUAUUAUUUGAAUGUUUUAAAAAUGUUGAAUUUUGGACAUACUAUUACUGUUCAAAAACCUUGAAUCUACAGUAAGAAACAAGAAAGCAAUAAAACAGAUAAUUCACA